CCGGAAGUGUUUCUAUACAAUUGUGCUGCAUUGUGGGUAAGCGGAAAAAAAGGCUCCAAAAGGCGUAAGAAAUCGACAAACCCACGUUGUAGAGUUUUUUGUCUGACUACAUUAAGCGGAAAACUCGAUUUCACUCAUAUAAUCUCAGCGAACUAGCUCAAGAUGUCAAUCGGCGUGCCCAUCAAAGUCCUGCAUGAGGCCGAGGGCCACAUUGUGACCUGUGAGACCAACACUGGAGAGGUGUAUAGGGGCAAACUUAUUGAGGCUGAGGACAACAUGAACUGCCAGAUGUCUAACAUCACAGUGACCUAUCGUGAUGGGCGGGUGGCCCAGCUGGAGCAGGUGUACAUCCGCGGCAGCAAGAUUCGCUUCUUGAUUUUACCCGACAUGCUAAAGAAUGCGCCAAUGCUGAAGAGUAUGAAGAAUAAGAACCAGGGCUCUGGUGCUGGGAGAGGAAAGGCUGCCAUUCUCAAAGCGCAAGUGGCUGCAAGAGGCAGAGGGCGUGGUGGAAUGGGAAGAGGAAAUAUGUUCCAAAAGAGACGAUAAUUGCUGCAGCUUUUGCUUUUUGUAUAGUCCUUUUUUUUUUCUUUUCCCCACGUUAAUUUAGUCAUUUGUUCUUGAUUACUUGUUGCAGUGUAUAUCUCGAAUUUCCUUUUUUUAAAAUUCAAAAAUAAACAAAUUUCAAUUUGAUGUAUCCUUUUUUUUUUUUUUUUUUUUUACUAAACUCAAAAUACAAUUCACUUUCAUCCAUCUUCAAAUGUGUUCAAAAUUCUUUUAGUUAACAUUUUAUUGAAUUCAUUCAAAACGUAAUCUCCUUAUCUGAAAACGUUCCUAUAGUAUGUAGUACGUACUUAUAAUUGUACUUUGUACAUGCCUCAAAUAAUUUCCCACAGAUUUUCUGGUUAUAAGAGUUGUCAUCUAAUUUGCAAAUGUUUAAUGGUAAAGGGAUCUUUGGAUCAAUAGCAUAAGUGUCGGAUUGAUUUUUUCCUCAGGAAACAAAAUUUACAUGCUAAAAAGAAACCUCUCUAUUGUGCACAGCAAAGCUGACUGUCGUGUCGAGUGUCCGGUUUUUACUUUACAGUUGUGUCUUUAGAUAAACAGAAUACACUGCAAUGUCAUAAAUUGUACACUCAAAUAAAUGUUGAUUUUCAUAAUUGUA